AUGGCACCAUUCAACCGCCCCGCUUCCCCUUAUGGCCGUCCCGGCAGCUCCAACUCUGUUCGCAGCAAGGUUGAAGAAGAACUCUACGAAAUGGCCGGCAUUGACUACGACAAGGUCACGAUCAAGCGCAACCCCUCUGUUGCGGUCCUUUACGAAGAGGCCCUGACUUACGAGCAAGGAACCGUGAUCUCGUCUGCCGGAGCUCUGUGCGCCUACUCUGGCAAGAAGACCGGCCGUUCGCCCAAGGACAAGCGUAUCGUCGACGAGCCCACGUCGACCAAGGACAUCUGGUGGGGGCCUGUGAACACCAAGAUGAGCGACGAGGUGUUUCUGAUCAACCGCGAGCGUGCAAUUGACUACCUCAACACCCGCCCGCGUCUGUAUGUGUUUGAUGGCUAUGCUGGCUGGGAUCCCAAGUACCGCAUCAAGGUCCGUGUGGUUGCGUCGCGCGCCUACCACUUGCUGUUCAUGCACAACAUGCUGAUCCGCCCCACCGAGGCUGAGCUCGAGAACUUUGGCACUCCGGACUUUACCAUCUUCAAUGCUGGUGAGUUCCCUGCCAACAGAUACACCACCGGCAUGACCUCGACCACCUCUGUCUCGGUCAACUUUAAGCGUGCUGAGAUGGUCAUUCUUGGUUCUGAAUAUGCUGGAGAAAUGAAAAAGGGUAUCUUUACUGUGAUGCACUACCUUAUGCCCAAGGCUGGUGUUCUGUCUCUGCACUCUUCUGCUAACGAGGGACCCAAGGGUGAUGUUUCGCUCUUCUUUGGUCUGUCUGGUACUGGCAAGACCACCCUCAGUGCUGAUCCCAAGCGUAUGUUGAUUGGUGAUGAUGAGCACUGCUGGAGUGACAAUGGUGUGUUCAACAUUGAGGGAGGUUGUUACGCCAAGUGCAUUGACUUGUCUGGCGAGAAGGAGCCCGAUAUUUUCAACGCUAUCCGUUUCGGAGCCAUUCUUGAGAACGUUGUUCUUGAUGAGGAGUCUCGUGUAGUUGACUAUUCUGAUGAUUUCUUGACCGAGAACACCCGUUGUGCCUACCCCAUCUACCAUAUCCCUAAUGCCAAGAUCCCUUGUGUUGGUAGCCACCCCAAGAACAUCAUCUUGUUGACCUGCGAUGCGUUUGGUGUUUUGCCUCCUGUGUCCAGAUUGACUGCCGAGCAGGCCAUGUACCACUUCAUCUCUGGCUAUACCACCAAGGUUCCCGGUACUGAGGACGGUAUUCUGGAGCCCCAGGCUACCUUCUCUGCCUGCUUCGGUGCACCUUUCCUUGUGUUGCACCCUCAGCGCUAUGCAUCGAUGUUGGCCAAGAAGAUGUCUGAGCACAAGGCCGAUGCCUGGUUGAUCAACACUGGUUGGAUCGGAGGAUCUGCCGCGACUGCCAAGCGCUGCCCUCUCAAGUACACCCGUGCCAUUCUGGACUCGAUCCACAGCGGCGCUCUUGCAAAGGGCAAGUUUGAGAAGUUUGAGGUGUUUGGACUCGAUAUUCCUACUGCUGUUGCUGGUGUGCCUGCCGAGAUGUUGCAUCCUCGCAAGGCCUGGCAGGGAACUCCGGCCCAGUUCACCACCUCGCUCAAGAACGUUGCCAAGAUGUUUGUCUCCAACUUUGAGACCUACAAGAGCGAGGCUGCACCCGAGACCUUGGCUGCUGCCCCCAAGAUCUAA